UAUAUGGUUCAAUAAACCCGGUUUAUAAGGUUUUGGUAAAACAAAAAAGGGAAGCAGAAGAAAUCGGUUGUUGUCGGCGCCGGAGGAGAUGAGUGGGGCAGGUGUGCCGGACUUUUUCUACAGGGAAGCUCAACGUCUUGGCUAUGUUGCUCGCUCUGCUUUCAAGCUUCUACAGAUUCAAAAACAGUACAAGCUCAUCAAACCAGGCUCCUCUGUUCUUGACCUGGGUUGCGCGCCUGGUGCUUGGCUUCAGGUUGCUUGCCAAAGCUUAGGUCCACUUAAAAGUGGUGGAAUUGUCGUCGGUAUGGAUAUAAAGAAGGUGAAGGUUCCUCCACAGUGUGAUUCUCGAGUGCAAACCAUUGCCGCCGAUGUUUUAAACUUUCCCAGACAAACGAUUCGGGAGUUAUCGCCUCAGCAAUUGGGAUUUUCAGUCAUUCUUUCAGAUAUGUGUCACUCAGUAUCUGGAAUUACCACUAGAGAUGCAGCUCUGUCUGCUGAAUUGGGAAUGCGUGCACUUGAUUUGGCUGUUGGUCAAGCUGCUAUCUCUCAGUCACCUGAUGAUGAUAAUGAUGGAGGCGAUGAGGUUCCAAGCAACGAAAGUCGUCGUGGUGUACUUAGGCAUGGGGGUCAUCUUGUAAUCAAGCUUCUAGAGAGCGAGGACGCUCAAGAUUUUGCUCGAAUUUGCAAGCCUAUCUUUAACAAGGCGUCUUGGUUGAGGCCAAAAGCUACAAGAUCAUCAUCUCGAGAAAUUUACUUGAUUUGCCAGGGAUUUCGAUAGUAAAAGCUUUCAUAUACAAUGGAAAUCCAAUGGUAACACUUUUUUAAUUGAUGUAUUCAGUAUUUUCUUGGAUUAUGUAGUUUACAAAGGAAAAGAACAAAUUGAAUAAAUAGAAUGCAGGGGUUGUUGCGUGUGAA